AUGUCACCCACCGCGAACCCCUCGGUAUCAUCCGCACCAGACGCCUGGGAGGACUCGAUAGUAGACGCUGAGCCAGACGCACACGACGUCCGACCGCGGAAAAGGAGGCGGAAAUACAUCGCCAAAGCAUGCAACGAAUGCAAGCGCCGCAAGAUCAAGUGCAAUGGCGAAAACCCAUGCCAGCGAUGUGGCCGACAGCGCCUUGACUGCGUCUAUGCCGACGUGGUACGCGCGGAAAAUAGCGGAGAUGACCAGACUGGUCUGGGGAAACUAUGCGACCAGAUGAGCGCCAUGCAGGAGCAGAUCGCGGCGCUCUCAGCUGUUUGUGCACUCGCUUACCCAGGGCACGGUGGCCGUUUUGAUCUGGCAAGAUCUAGUCUCCAACGUCGGGGGAUUGUUGAGCACAACAAGGGCGGGGAGGAGGGCGAUGUGAUGCAGGAGCCGUCGCCCUUGCCGUCGCCGCCGUCGCCGGCCCAACCUUUAGGAGCUCGCCAUGUUGACCCCCUGUGGACGAUUGGGAAGACCGAGGCGCUGCGGUUGUGUCAGGUGUAUGAGGAAGAGAUGGGCAUCAUGUACCCCGUCUUGGAUUUGGAGGAGCUCCUGCACCAGGUGAAUGUGUUAUAUGGAACUCGGGAGCCAAGAUGGCGAUCUUCGCUACCGUCACGGGCACAAGGCCAUGAUGGCAAGGAGGCACUGGAUGCUGAUGACGUGCAUAUCAUACGGUUGGUGUUUGCGUGCGCUCUGACAGCUGAAGCCAGCGGGAAUAGUGAGCUAGCGAUGGGAUUGUUUGUGAGUAUUCGCGAGGCGGCUGACAAUGCUGUCUGGGGUGCACCAGAGAUAAAGACAAUCAUCUUUCUCACAUUGGUGUCCAUAUUCUACUUCCAGAUAGAUGAAGAAACUCUCGCUUGGAGGACCAUCGGUAUAGUGGAGCGCAUGUGUCUAGAGAAAGGUCUACAUCGCCGCGAAACUCUCACACAACCUGCCGUGGUAGCCGCGGGGCGAGACCGCGUUCUGCGGCUAUUUUGGUCCAUCUACAUCCUCGACAUGCGCUGGAGCUUUGGAACUGGAAUGCCCUUCUCCCUGGAAGAUACCGACAUCGACCCCUGGCUGCCCGAGCCAGAGGAGAAAACUCCGUAUUUGCGCGUGAUGAUUCGGUACAGUCGUAUUGCAGCUAAGGUAUGGAAGUUUAUUUCUGCCUUCAACAACACCAACGAGAUCAAAAAAGACGAGAUGAAUUAUCUCGACUGGCAAGUUCUUAAAUGGGUGGAUGCCACACCGGACUCCCUCCGGUUCAAUAACGCUACCGCCACGAUCGAAAAUCAGAUUCAGGAGCCGCGCUGCAUCCGUCGUCUACGCUCGCUUCUGUAUCUUCGUGCGAACCAGCUGCGCAUGCUGAUCUAUCGUCCGGUGUUGCACUCAGCUGCCCAUAUCGUGCGCUACCCCUCCGAGUCGCAGACUGUCGUUGAGAUCGCGAAAGAUACUAUCCGCUUUAUCACUCGUCUCAACGAGACAUCCGAUAUCUAUCGUCUGCAACAGGUCACGUUCAACUGGUUUCUUGUGUCUGCGCUCGCAGUCCUGUUCCUAGCUGUUGUGCAAACCCCGGGCCAGUUUAGCAGCUCCUCCAAAGAAGAAUUCUACAUGGCCCUGGAGCUCGUCAAGGGCUUUUCUACACGGUCCUACAUCUCCCGCCGCCUAUGGAAGUCGAUCAAGAGUCUACGCAAGUUGGCCCCACAGUUGGGACUGCAGCGUCACCGCCAUGUGGAAGAGCCAUUGCGAACCGACGUCGUCGGGGUACCUUGCACAGCUGCCGUCGCUGAACCAGGGGACCAAGCGCAGACAUCCAGUAUACAUAGCCAUACGCCGCUAGACGGCGCGGCAAUGACCCAAGAGCUGGUGGAGUGGUUUGAAGCAGUCGGGAACUUAGAAAAUCAGAUCAUGGGUGUUGGUUCGUCGCAGGGGUUUGAUGAUCAGUGGCAGUUGGGGACUCGUGGGCCUAAUGGGUAUAUGUUUGAUUACGGGGGUGAGCUGUCUACUGUUAUGAGAGAUUGCUUCUAG